GACGAUCGAUCAGGAUCACCUUAUUACUGCUGUGUAUGCCCCUCGUUAGCUUUAUUGCCGUCGCGCGAUUCUCGCGGAAUCAACGCUGUUCUGUAGGCGACAGUUUGCCUUUGUGAAAGCUGACGAUAACAGACGACACACGCGGAAGUAUGGCUUGGAAUCACUGAUAACAGGAAAGUACUAGGGGCGGACCGAAUAGCUGAAGAAAAAGACAUAGAAAGAAAUAUUAAGUGUCAGGAAAUAAUAUAUAUAGUGAACGAACUAUGUUUCAUUUAAUUAAGUGUUAUAACGACUUAGCGUGAAGGGUGUUUUAUUAAUUUAAUUGUCAGGAGGAACAAAGCUGAAAUAUUCAAAAGUGAGGUCUGCUGAUGAUGUUUUAUUUUUAUACGGAAGUGACGUAAUUUGUGUCAAAGAUUGACUUCGAAAGCGAGAUAGCAUUAGUACGUUCUAGUGUUAUAGUAAAUUCAAAAGAAAAAAAUAAUGCAACAUUGUAUUUUUGAGUUGAGACAAGAGGAUCUUGAUGAAUCGGCCAUAACUGAAUUUUAGCUAUUUGGAUAUUGUCAACGUAAUACUAUAUACACAUGCGUAUAGUGUUUGUCGCCGAACUGUAGUGUGAUAUUUUUUGUAAUUAAAUCAAAAUCAAGCAAAACCUAAUUCCAAUCUUGCUACUUCGUAACGUCUUCAGCAUGGACCGGAUAUCCGUUAACAGAUUCUCAUUCCGGCGGAAGGGAAGCCAUAAAAAGAACAAGGAGGAGAAUGCCGAGCCCGAGUUUAAUUUCUCCACACUGUCAUACAUCAGCCAAGACGAGGCCGAGAAAAUGAACGAGGAACUACUUUCUGAAUACGCCUUCAACGAGGUACAGUUGUUGGAACUCGCCGGAUAUAGCUCCGCGGUAGCAACAGCAAAGUGUUACCCAGUUGAGAAGAUGACACGAGACAACGGGGCCAUUUUGGUUUGCUGCGGGCCGGGAUACAAUGGGGGAGUGGGUUUAGUGUGCGCCAGGCACCUUAAAUUGCUUGGAUACAGACCCACCGUGUUUUAUCCAGUGAAAUCCAACUUGGCGUCCAUCUGUGAUAGUCUAAGCAGGCAGUGCGAGAGUUUGGAUCUUCCCUUUCUGAGUUAUUUCCCCUCGGAGUCGCAUCUGAUCCAGGAUUCGUACAACCUCGUUGUCGAUGCUCUGUUUGGCUUCCGGUUCAAACCCCCGGUGAAAGAUACUUUUGCCAGCGUCAUAGAGACGCUUAAGAAAGUGGAAAUCCCCAUAUGUAGCGUGGACGUUCCUUCCGGCUGGGGUGCAGAAUCCGCGAGUCCUGACGGACUACAACCGGAACUGCUCAUCUCGAUCGCCGCCCCAAAAAGGUGCGCUAAACUGUUCCAGGGAAAAUUCCACUACCUCGGUGGACGGUUCGUCCCCAGGACUCUCGAACAGAAAUUUGACCUCAAACUUCCGCCUUACCCUGGAACUGACUGUGUGGUUGAACUAAAAACCCAGAAGUCAACAGAGGAUGAGAAACCAGAUGACACAGGCGAAUGACGUCACAGUUAAUGAGGACAUAUAUCCAUAGUAACACACAGGGGAAAUAAAAAUUUCAGUGAAAUUAUAACUUCAAAAGGACAAGUUGUUUAGCCAAAACAUGUUUUAAACUUUAUGUGUGUUUUCUGAUAUGUGUAAAAUUAAUCCUCUAUUUCUAAAAAUAAACAAAAAUCAAUAAUAAAAGAAUUCUUUAAAUUUCA